UCUGCACUCCCCCCCUUCAUCCAGAACUUUGUUUUUUCUUGACUCCUUCCAUGGAAGACUUGACAUCCCCGAAGCAAGAAAAAGAAAACCAAGAACUGGGGGAAGCAGGGCGGCCAUGGGAAGAAAUAGCAGCUUCUUCCCAAGAUCCCGAGUCUGCGUUAUCUGAGCCCCUGGAGUCGGAGCAGUGGCCGGAAACUGGACCCCAACCCAGAAGCAGCCUUCCUCAGAGCCCACUGUCUAGAUCCAGCACUCCUCUGGAUGACCUCCGGGGACCAGGUGCAUCAUCUCCACCUUCCCCUCCUCAGGAGGCCUCUUUCACUCCUUCAACCCUGGCUCUGGCCGGACAGGAGCUUGCGAUCCCGUGGCAGUCAGACAAAACCGCUGUGAAUGUGAAUCCCAAAGCUGGGACACCUCGCUCCCAGCAUUUGGAACUACCCACUAUCUCUGAUAAAGGAGAAUCUACUGCUCCUCAAACAUGCCAAUCAGAGGGAAACACCUUUCAACAGUCUCAGCAAACCAAACGUCUCCUGUAUGGACCAGAAGAUGGGAGCGAUAACAACUCUAAACAAAAAGAGCUGACAUUUAACGUUUUUCAGGAGGAGGACUCAAACAGUAACUAUGAUCUGGAUCACGCUGAGCCUGGGGUCUCUGAAGUGGCCCCCAGCCUGCUUGAGAUUGCCAUUCAGAGUGCUAAGGCUUACCUACUGAAGACCAGUAGCAAGUCUGGCUUAAAUUUAUAUGAUCAUCUUUCUGAUAUGCUGACCAAGGUCUUAGAUGAGCGUCCUGAAAAUGCUGUGGACAUCAUUGAAAGUAUCAGCCAAGAUGUGAAGAUGGAACAUUUUAGGAAAAAAUUAGAUACACUCCAAAAUGAGAAUGAGAUGCUUCCAAUAUAUGAAAUAGCAGAGAAGCAAAAGGCCCUUUUUCUCAAUGGAAAUUUGGAAGGAGCUGACCAAGAACUGGAAGAUGAAAUAGCAGAAAACUCUCUCCCAAAUGUAAUGGAGUCAGCUUUUUAUUUUGAACAAGCUGGAGUUGGUUUGGGCACCGAUGAGACUUAUCGCAUAUUUCUUGCCCUCAAGCAGCUUACUGACACCCACCCAAUCCAAAGAUGCCGCUUCUGGGGCAAGAUCUUGGGUCUGGAAAUGAAUUACAUUGUAGCGGAAGUAGAAGUCCGUGAGGGAGAAGAUGAAGACGACGUAGAAGACGAAGAUGUAAUGGAAGAGAGGGACGAUGGAGACAGCGAAGCUGAUGAAAAUGACGAAGAGGAAUUACCAAGGACAUUUUACAAGACCCCACAGCCUAUACCAAAAGAAGAAAGUAGAACAGGGGCCAACAAAUAUGUGUAUUUUGUUUGCAACGAACCAGGAGGACCAUGGGUGAAGUUACCAUCGGUUACGCCUGCACAAAUUGUUAUUGCAAGAAAGAUCAAGAAGUUUUUCACUGGGCGUUUAGAGACUCCCGUUGUAACCUACCCACCGUUCCCAGGAAAUGAGAGCAAUUACUUACGAGCGCAGAUUGCCAGAAUUUCAGCAGGGACCCAUGUCAGCCCUCUGGGAUUCUAUCAGUUUGGUGAACAGGAAGUAGAGGAGGAGGAAGAGGUAGAAGGCAGGCGAGAUAGCUUUGAAGAAAACCCCGAUUUUGAAGGCAUCCAAGUGACUGAUCUCGUGGAAUCCCUAUCCAACUGGGUUCAUCAUGUCCAACACAUCCUCUCUCAGAAAUCCAGAAUAUACCACCUUGGACGACACAGCUGUCCUCAAAUCUCAUUCCUCAAUAUGCUCUUGCAGUCCUGAGAUCC